CUUAGACAAAAUAACAAUACGGCAUCAAAUCUUUUAGACCACUACUUGUACCUCUGGUAGUUACAAAACACAAACAGCUAAGAAGGUUUAAUCGAAAAAUCUCCCACUGCUAAGUAUAAAAUAAGUCUCGGUACGACCUAAUUUCUGUCUAAUUCAUCGAAGGUUCCGAUAAAGCUUAUUUUUCAAUUUUGCAAGUUAAUUUCAAAUAAUACCUUCCUUUAAGUACGCUCAUGAUUCCUACAAACUGCGUUGGUUGCAAUGAAUUCCCUAUCAAAUACAUCCUGUUGAAAUAUAUGCACAUAUCUUUCUUUAAUUGUUCAUCUGCACAAAAGGCACAAGAUGGAAGAAACACCGUAUUUUACGUUGUAUCUUUUAUAUCUUUCGGCCUUCCUGCUGGCUUACAUCGUGCUGGAUGUAUAUUUAAAGGCAGAAAUAUACACGUUUGCUAAAAAAGUUCAUGGACCCAAGGCGUAUCCUAUAAUAGGAAGUAAUUACAUAUUCCACACAAAGGAACGAAACUAUUUAAGAACCUUAUUUAAUACAUUUGAUCAGUAUAAGCUGCCCGUAUCGUUAUGGAAUGGUAACCAGUAUGAGUACUGGACAAGCAAUGUGGAAGAGAUAGAAGAUAUCCUGAAUAGCAAUAAAACGCUUGACAAAGGUAAUGGAUACUCCAAACUAGCGCUUUACCUAGGAGAUUCGCUGUUGGUAGUCUCAGAUAAGAGUUGGGAGUCGCAUAGAAAGCUUCUUUCCAAAUGUUUUGAACCAGAUGUAUUAGAGAAAUUCAUCAGCGUAUUUUAUGAUAGAAGCUGCGAUCUUGCCGAUAGCAUCGCUCAUGUUGAUCAAAAUCCAACUCAACUGAUUCUGAGAUGCACUGCGAAUAUGUUUUUUGGAACUGCAGGCCUGGGAAAUAUCAUUGACUUGCUUUUCAUCCAAAAAGUUUUGAAGGCGUCACAACACAGCACCGAAAAAAUGCACAAUCCGUUUUCGGCAAACUUCUAUUAUUAUCACUUCAAUCCAGAGGGAAGAAUUGUGAAACAUAACUUGACGUUCCUCAAAGAUUAUGCUAACAGGAUUGUUGCUGAAAGGAAGUCGAAGCUAAUUAAGCUAAAGAAAUUGAGUAAUGCGAAUGAAACUGACUACAAGCCACAAGCUUUAUUAGAUAUCAUCAUCGAUACCGGUUUAACUAUUGAAGCUUCUACAAAUGAGAUGAUCUUAUUCGCUGGUGAGACCUCCUGCAAGUCAGCGCCUGCUUUCUUGUCGAGUUGCGUCCUCCUUUCUAUUCACAAAGACAUACAGGAUCAAGUCUACAAGGAGAUAAUCAGUGUAGUGGGUGAACAUGACAAGAUUACUCAUGAAAGUGUCAAACAGCUUGAACUGACAGAGAGGGUAAUUUUGGAAUCGCUCAGGAUUUGUCCAAUAAUGAUGUCGUUGACCAGAUAUACAAAAGAAAGGGUGAGAAUUGGUCAUCGAGUUAUUCCAUCAGGCUGCCAUAUAAAGAUUUUUGUCUAUGAUGUUCAUCACCAAGAAAAGUAUUGGCCAAAUCCUAGGAAAUUUGAUCCAGAUAGAUUCCUGCCUGAGAAUGCCGCAAAGAGGAAUCAAUAUUCCUACUUGGCGUUCUCGUGUGGUCCAAGAAAUUGUCUAGGUGAGAAGUACGCUCUAAUGCUGAUGAAAACCAUGCUGGCGACAGUUGUGAGGCGAUAUACAAUUACAUCUGACUAUCUCAGCGCAGAUGAAAUUAAUUUGAACCCCGACUUGCUUUACACAAACGAUAAAAUAUGUAACUUUAUACCAAGGAAAUCAGUAGUAAACGAGGAAUGAAACCUAAUGCUGUAUACUCUAUCAUGUUUCAUGUGCUUUCGAUUAGCGGAAUGGCUAUUUAGCAUUUCCGUACUACCAUCUGCAUAAGGGACCAUUGUGUAUGGCUAGUGAUGCCUUCUUCCAGCUGCUAGCGGCUUCAAAACUACAUAACAGUGCUUAUAUGAAGAUAUCUAGAUCUAGACAAGUUUGGUCAAACACCUUGUAAUCAAAACGUUUUACUUUAUAUAAUGUUAUACAGCGUUACCAUAUGAGCACCCCUAUCUGAUGCAGCUGUGUUAUAAUUAACAUUUUCUGAGAUGACAGAAUGUUGAUUGGAGUAAAAUAUUCAAUCGCCUCUAGAUCAUGUUUGUUUUCUGACAUAAUUCCUGUAUCAUUCAUUAUUUUGUACAUUAUCGAGUCACAUUCUGGCCAACUGUUACCUGUUUUAGCUCAAUUCUGCCAAAAACAUUCAACUG